AUGGAUGCAGCUGAAAAUAGUAAUAAUACCAAAAGGCAUGAAGAUGGACAUUUUCCAAGUCUAAUCACCGAAGCCGAUGUUAUCAUUGGUGCAAGCAAGGACGAAAUAUUCGUUAUAACAUGUUUUCAAAAUCAUUGGCUAGCUGCUGGUGGAAAAGAUGACCAAGCUGUUUUGUAUGCGAUAAAAAAUAAUGCUAACUUAAAAUUGAAUGUCUAUGCGCAUCAGUUUGCUGUCAAUGAUUUUGAACCUGUUCUGAAGCUGGACGAUCAUAAUGAUAGUGUGAUAUGUGCCCAGUUCAAUGGGAAUGGAUAUUUGCUUGCCACUGCGGAUAUGGGUGGCUUAAUAAUAAUAACUGAUACUAAACAAAUAAAAAAGUGCUUUUUAAUUGAUGAUUGUGAAGAAUUGUCAUGGAUGCAGUGGCAUCCUUCUGUGGAUAUUUUGUUUGCUGGCGGUAAAAACGGUAUCUGGAUGUGGUUAGUUACGACAGAGAGUGUUCAGCAAAGAAAGGUCUAUGUCUGUGACUCGCCCUCUGUAUCUACAGUCGGUAAACUUUUGAGUGAUGGAAAACGACUUCUUUCAUGCUAUGAAGAUGGUAUUAUAAAGUUAUGGUCUCUUAAAGACGGGAAAUCAAUUAAUAUUGUUACGCGAGCUCAGAGUGCUACAUGCAUGGAUGUACACCAUAAUUUACCGAUCGCAAUUGUUGGCGAUCUUUCUUCACACUGUUAUUUAGUCAGUACAGAUUCUGCCAAAUUGCUUAGGAUAUUUGCUGUAAAUGAAAAUAUUGAGACUUCUGAAGAGGCGGUAGAAUGCGUAAAAUUUUGUCCUUCAAUAGAGUCUUGGUUUGCAGUCGGUACAAAUUAUGGUCGUUUCGCAAUAUAUGAUUUUAUUUCUGGUAUCUUACGUCACACUCUUAUGAACACCUCUGAUCCAGUAGUAAAUUGUUUCUGGCAUAUUACUGAUUCAAAUGAAAUGUACAUUAUCUGCGCCAGUUAUAACGGUACUGUUAAAGUAUGGAAUGGUCGUAGUGGGAUUCCAUUCUUGGCAGCAGUUUCACAAACCAUCGCGAACAAAAAUUCGUGCUUACUGUCAAUGGAUUUCGUUGUCAAAGAGCCAGUUUUUUAUACUGCUUACAGUUCAGGACAAAUUUGCAAAUUUUCUAUGUCGUAUCAGUUGUACAGGUCUACUACGUUGGGUAUGGCUCUUCGGAGUACUUUAGAUGAGUUUGUCGAGGAUGGUACUAUUACACCUUCAUUAGCCCAAACAGUGCUUGUAACUUUUGAUAAAUGUAUCAACAAGGCUUUAUCACAGCGGGUUAAGAACAAAGUCAAUUUCAAGGCUGACAAAUUAAAAGCAUAUCGAUUUUGUGACAACGUCUGGACAUUUGUUAUGGAAAAUGUGGAAUUCCGGGAUGUAUCGCAACCAGUAGAUGGUAUUGUUGAUCGAGUCAAAAUUGUUGCCUGUGAUGCAAGUGCAGCAAAACUAGCUAACGCUUAA